GACUACACUGACUUUAACUAUGACGAACAAAAGUUCCUCAAAUCCUGUCAUGGCCACUGGAGUAGAUAGCAGUGCCAAGAACACCACACAAACUGACCAGUUGGAGAAAGGGAAUGGUAUGGCUACACUAACGUUAACUAUGAUGAACAAAAGUUCCUCAAACCCUGUCAUGGCCACUGGAGUAGAUAGCAGUGCCAAGAAGACCACACUAACUGACCAGUUGGAGAAAGAUAUAUUACAGAACAACAAGACAGUGACAAACUCAGACUCGGUUGUGUUGAACAGAAAUUCUACAAAUUGUUGCUUGGGAAAUCUUGCAUUUUACAUAUAUUACAAUAGAGGAAAUGGAAAAACACACGCCCUUACAACGACCAAUUAUAGUUUCUUAAACAAUGUAUGGGCAACAGGCGCAGUAACCAGAUCUUAGAGUAUGACGAAGAGGGGCAAUUCUGAGAGAAAAGAUACAAACAAGUGCAACUCGUAUUCUAAAAUCACAAUGGCCAUCAUUAUAUUGUCAUGUGUAACUGCUGUCAUUCUUUUUUUCUUUGUUUUUGAAAGUCUUAAAAAUUAUUUAUUUGAACAUUAAAACUAAAUAUCGAAUAUGUAUAUACAAAAGCAGUAUUUGACACUAAUUGUUUUUAAUAUUUAUGAUGUAUUGAUGGUAUUUGUUUUGAACAUGUUCCAUUGCUUAUUAAAAUUAAAAG